GAAAGUUAUUAGAUGAAGUAGGAUCUCUUUUGGCUAUGUCACCAUCAAAACGAUAUGCUGCGUUGGCUGAUUCUAAAGCAUUACCUAUGCCUUUGAAAUACCGUAUUUUGGAUGAAUUAUUCAAAGCUUUGGAAACUGUUUCAUCUAUGAUGUUUGGUAGAAAAGAAAAGAUAACUUUUAAUAAACUCAAACGUGGUGUUCAGCAAAUGACUAGAAAAAAUUUUACUGAAUUGCAUUUGGCACAAAUUAAAACUGUUGUACCAGAUUUCUUUAAGUUUGCAUUAGUAAAAUCAACAAAAGAGAAAUCUAGUUUUGAAUUAGUGAUAACUCCUAAUUAUGGCUCAGUGAACGAAGAUAACAUAAACUUGAUUGAACUAACAACUCAGAGGAAAAAGUCAUUUUCUAAUGCACUACUUGACAUUUUGAAGGAGCAUCAUGAAAAAUAUUUGAGAAAUCUAAUUCCACCUAUWGUGAUUGACAAAGAUAAAAUAACCAGAUGGCAUCCUGAGUUUGAUGUUGAAACUGUGGAAGAUAUCAUUCCUUCAACAUUGCCCAAAAUUGAAAUAAACAAACCAAAAAUAGUAACGGCAAAAGAUUUAUUGGACAAAUCUCAUACAUUGUUUGUUUACAAUAAUCGUUUAAAUCGGACUCUCACAACAAUGAACAAUGAAAAUAAAAAUUCAACUGAAAAAAAAUUUCCAACAACAGACGCAAAAAAUGCUUUAGAAGGAGCACUUAAAGGGAUUCCUAAAUCAUUUUUACUAAAGAUUCAGGAAAAGCAGGCGGAAAAAGCAAAAGAAUUGAUGACCCAAUCGCUAGAUCAAUUAGAUGAAGAUAGAAUGAUGAACAGAUUACCAGAUAUUGCUAGAAGGAUGCGUACCUAUUUUGUACAACUUCAAAGAAAUGUUAUGCCAUUUGAAAAAGUCAUUGGUCAAUUGAAGCAGAGUUAUCCUGAAGCUAUGACAGACCACGAAUGGAAAGCUCAUAUACAUCUUCUCCAAGAAAAAGUACCUCAUUGGAUUGUAUUAAAAAGUUUAGAUGGAAUUGAACACAUUCGAAUUGAUAAAAAAGUUAAAUUUGAAGAAACUGUGAUUAAAACAUUACAAAAAUGAUUUUGAUAUAACAAACUUAACAUU